UUUAGAUAUUUUCAGGUAUUACUCAGCAGCCUUAAAAUUAGCACGUCUUCUUUCCUUGGAUUUUACUUUCCUCUGAAGGUUAAAUGCAGAACCUGAUGGAUGGGAAAAGCUACUGUAAUCUCACGGACAAGUUGUCCAUCUCUGCUGACACUCAGUGCAUACAGCUGCCCCGGCCUUUCUGUGCAGACCCACUGGUUAUGUUUCACAUGUACUCAGAAACACCAAACCAGGUCGCUUGCUCUGAAGAUCUGUCAUUCCUUCCUUUCGUGUCUGAGCAUUUCAUCACGGAGAACUUUUACAGUGAGCCCUGUGGCUUUUCCUACCAAAUACCCCACUGCAAUUACAAUAGGAGUGAGUACUCCUAUGGGCCAGCUUUCAUCAGGAAGAGGAAUGAGAGGGAAAGGCAGAGAGUUAAAUGUGUCAAUGAAGGCUAUGCUAAGUUGAGACAUCACCUACCUAAGGAAUACUUAGAGAAACGGCUCAGCAAAGUAGAGACUCUCCGUGCAGCAAUAAAAUACAUCAGGUACCUACAGUCUGUUCUGUACAGUGAUUCCAUGGCAGCAGACAAAAAUGUCAUGGAGCCACGCCAAGCAGCUAAAGCAAUUAACAAACAAAGCCAAUUUUUGAAGGCUAUCUAAACUGUUCCAAAUCAAGGGAACGAUAUCCUACAUGGGAGCCUGGUAGUCACUGCUAUGUUGUUAAUGAUGUGCACAUUCCUGAAACAUCUGGGAGCAGAUCACAGUACACAUUGAUACCAUCCCACAGAAAAGCAUUUUAGUUUUGCAUGUAGUAACUGUGCUUACAGAACUGUGACUGGAAAAUCACAUCUGAGUGGCCUCAGAUAAUUCAUGGAAAUUGGCAAGCACAUCAAAAAUUGUUACUGAACAAAAAAUACAAUACCUACAAGUGUGAAUUAAUUGCAUGUGCAAUCACAUUCUUUGUGCUUUGAAAUAAAAUAAAGUCUUUCCAGUGGUGAGGCUAAAAUUCUUUUAUUUUUCUGUAAUGUGACUGGUUUGCUCUCAUACACCCUUUCAUAGAAGUUUUUUUGUUCUUAUUGCCAGUGUUUCUCUUAGAAAGCGAGGAGGUCUUUAAAAAGGUUCCCAGGAAUGUUGUUCAAAGACAACAGGAUGGAUAAUUUAGUUUAAAAGUGGAAGGAAAAGGGGAGCAGUUCUCUGAAACAUUGUCACUGGACGUAGGAAGAGCAUGACAUCUUGCAAAUGCAGCUUUAUUCCUAUGAGUAAAAAUGUUGAACUCUUUUAAAACUGUUGAUUCAGCCUAAUUUCUAUUCAAAUUCUAUGGAAAUUCUUUUCCAUCAUUUCGUGCACUUAAAAAUUAGGACUGGUUACACAAUGUGAAGAGGGUUGGCAAGAUUCUGGCCUGGGAAGAAUUGUGUCCUGUGAAAGAAAUUCUUCUGGGAUCUUCUUCCCCUUAGUCUGUUUCUCUGUGUUAUCGAUGAUUUCAGCUAAUCAGUGUAGAACAGAUUUAUGCCAAGAUGGUGAAGAGAGUUUUAUCUUAUGAUUAGCAAAAUGUUCUUAACGCUUGCUGUGUGUCAGGGUUGGCAUUUAACAGCAAUUUGGCAACAUGAAAGCAGUUCGUCUCUGGUUACAGCAAAAUGUAGAGAAAACAAUUCCAGACUUUGUAAGAGUUGGCAGUCCUUAAUUACAGUCAUCCAUCCCUCUGUUCUCAUGUUUUAAUAGUAGUGAAUUGAAAAAUGCCUACUAAAUGCAAUUAAGUAUUUCCCUGUCCCCACUGCACAGACAUAUCACAUAUCGAGGUGUGAACAUUUGUUAAGGAGGAAUGAAGAAAAGUAGAGAUUAGCAGGAAGAUUUCUAUUUGAUUCUCUGACAUUUUGGAACAGGUUGCCUGAAGAGGUUGUGGAUGCCUCAUCCCUGGAGGCAUUCAAGGCCAGG